CGUGCUACAGCCGGUAAGGUGGUGUAACAUUUUCGAAAGAUGACAACUCCCAAGCGCGAAUGUUCCCUGCUGGGAUGCCUCCUGAGCCCCCGGCUGUACGGUGUGAUCGUGGGCCUGCUAAGUCUGUGGGCCAUGCUCGCUUCGCUCUCGGCUUCCGUCUAUCUGAUGGUGAAAUACGACGAUAUCAAGGAUGUUCCGGACAGUUUUAAACCCUACUACCGGUACGCCAUGCUCGAUACGAUACUGAUUCUGAUUGGCGUGGCCAUUGUUGGGCUCUAUAUAUUUGGCAUCUUCAAAGUCAACGAGCACUAUUUGAUGCCGUUCAUAGUGCUACUCGUGCUGGACUUUUUGGGCUACAUUGUGUCUGAGACGAUGGUGCGGCUGUAUGCGAAUAUCGACGGCGGCACAACCGGGAAGGACCGAUGGAAGCAAAACCUAAUGGAGAUUGUGAUAUUCACCUGUCUGUUUGGCCUGACGACUCAUCUCUAUCGAAUCUUCCAGCACCAACGACAACUGAGGGAGCAGAGGUUCGGCGGUUAUCGAAGCAUUUCGAGCAGUGUGGAGAACAUUGGCAUGUAGAUUAAGGUGUUUUUC